AGAUAAUGGCAUCCAAACAAAAUACCAAGUUGCUCGGCCGAAGCUCCACUGCUGUCGAUAAAAUGAAAAAGUAUUACGAGUUGUGUGUUAGCGAAGACGGCGCGCACACAGACAUGAGGUAUUUAAAGGUGAGUUUUAACUGAAGUGGCUUGAGAGGAAAGACGCUUGAAGUGUGACUUGAUGUCUCUAAAUUGAUUUUCUUAGCAAUCCAUCACUUGCACACACAUUCAUUUUAAACAAAAUGUGUAGGUUUUCAAAGCAUGAUUUUGAUAUUGUGUUUGGGGUCAGAGUAAGUUGUGUUCAGCCAAAGGAGCGCGAGUAUAUUAGUGAACAAGGCGUGAUAUUGUCAUUGAUGAUGGGCCGGAUGGUCAAUAUAUAUAUAUAUAUAUAUAUAUAUAUGUGUACAAGGAGGAGUAAGAGAUAAGGAAUUACUUCGAAAGUAUUAUUAUAUAAAAUAAAAUAUAUCUUAGACUCUUGCCUGCAUGAAGUGAUUCCUGUUUAAUACAAUGUUUGUAUCUACAAUAAAAUGAUUUCAUAAAUAAAAUCUUUUAUGAUAUUUUGAAAAUUAAAAAAAACCAAUUAAAACAACGACUCACCGAAGGUGUACUAGGUAUAUAUAUAUAAAAGUGAACGUUUGUGGGUUUGUAUGUCUGUCUGUCUGUCUGUUCCACAAAUGCUUUUACGUGGAUUGAUGGAUCUUGACCAAACUUGGCACAUAAUUCCUAAAGGAACUCUUAAGGGGUUAUGAACUUUUUAUAACAUUCCGUUAGGGGCCGGGGGCCCAGAGUUCUUUUUUUUUUAUCCCUUAUACGAGCUAUAUAAAAAUAAUUAACCACAAAUACUCCUACAUGAGUCGAUGGAUCUUGACCAAACUUAGUCUACAUACACAUGACAAUCCAUGUUCAAAUACCGAAGGGUGCAGAACUCAUAAUAUCCAUUUCUCUGGGGCCGGGGGCACCAGUUCAUUUUUCAUUAUAUAAGCUAUAUAAAUAUCUAUAGGCUUAAAACUCCUACAUGAGUAGAUGGAUCUUGACCAAACUUAGUAUACAUAAACUUUAUUAUCCAUCUUCAUAUACCGACGGGUAUUGAACUCAUAAUAUCCAUUCAUGUGGGGCCGGGGACACCAUUUCAUUUUUUCUUAUAUAAGCCAUAUAAAUAUCAAUAGGCUUAGACAAUACAAUAGUUUCUAUGGAAAUUGAAGGAUAUAGGCCUAGCGUUGUAUCAAUACUCUUCAUCGUCCGUAUUGAAAUACCGGUGGAUUUAAAACUAAUAAUAUCCAUUCUAGAAUUUUCCAGAAAGUUCGAUAAUUUUAAAAAGCUAUAUCUAUAACAUUUUUAAGUAGAUUUAAAUGGGACCAAUUUUAAAUUUUAACUCUAUUAUUUAUCCGUCUGAUAUUUGUAGGGUCCCUCAUCUCAGACCAAACUAAAAAGCUACUUUAUUAUAUAUUCUUACUAUUAUGUCAAGCAAACCCAGCCUCCCCAACAACCCCACCAUCCCCAACAACCCCACUCAUCCCAUAACACAAACUUUAAACAAUGGGUUACUUGGCUUCUUUAAAAAAAAAAUAUUUACCCACCAAAGAAUUUCCUGUAUCCACAUUAGAAGCUGAUCGGUGACCUCGGUUCAUGGACUUUAACCAAUGCUGGUGUCCCACCGUUCGAUCCGGAGAACUGGAGCAUGCAGACGGCGCUACUGAAGUCACACAGCAUGUCCGUGUUCACGCUGUUCAAAGUGGAAGUGUUGAAGAAAUGGAGUAAACCAGGAGGCCGCGAUCCCGAGAACAUAAUAUUUGUAAGUUGUGCGCGAUCUGUGUUUGUCUGGCGUGUUGGGAGGACAAGACUUGGCGCCCGACAGGCACGCAGUGCUCAUCUAGCUGCUCUGUGGCAGUGAGGCUUUCACCGCGAGGCGCCCAGGCCUACAGUGCUCAUCUAGCUGCUCUGUGGCAGUGAGGCUUUCACCGCGAGGCGCCCAGGCCCGCAGGGCUAGGCUAGCUGCUCUGUGGCAGUGAGGCUUUCACAGCGAGGCGCCCAGGCCUGCAGUGCUCAGAUAGAUGCUCUGUGGCAGUGACGCUUGCACCGCGAGUCAUACGCUCUUCACGAGCGAAAAUUCAACAGCUCCAUCUAAGAUGUCUGAUGGUCGACGGCAGGACCAUGAGACUAUAAAACAGGGAUUUUAAAAAGUGCCCAAACGGGCAGAAGCAUGAUCUCCACGCAUAGAUGCGCAUUCGAUGGCUAGGCCUUGUCAAGUAAUAAAGGCCGGGUGUCAAGGGUAUGAGAAUCACUGCUGUUAUGUUUGGGGUUAGAUUAAGUUGUGUUCACCCGAAGGUGUGCGAGUAUAAGUAAACAAGGCGUGAUAUUGUCAUUGAUGAUGGGCCGGAGGUUGUACAUAUAAUUAUGUAUAUAUAGUGUGCCAGGAAAGAGACAGUGUAUUCUGAUUGUACAUAGAGUAGUGAGAGAUAAGGGACUACUUAGAAAGGAUUAUUAGUGCCUGUUUUUUAUAACGAUUUCAUUACGUGAUUGUAAUACUUCGAAAUGAUUAUUAGUGACUUUGAAUAGGAAGGAUUUUGAUAGAUGAUUUUCCGGAUAAUAAAGUUGUUCGUUAUGUGACAUAUAAUACUCAGUACUUUGGUGAUUUGUGCUGCAUGGCUAUUAGCUCAGUACUGAGUCCCAGAGCGUAAUUGUGCAAGUGUAUUACAUGAUCCACAACAUGUGUACGUAGCAGCAAUGGUAGUAGUCUCAGACACAACACCGGGCGAAUUCCGAAGGACCCGCUGAAUGGAGAACUGUCAGAGGGGGCCAGACAUACUGCACGCCCGCGAAGGUGCUGAGACUUUUAAAAGUAACAUGAAGGCUGCCAACAUUGACAUGAAGGCUGCCAACAUUGAAAUGAAGGCUGCCAACAUUGACAUGAAGGCUGCCAACAUUGACAUGAAGGCUGCCAACAUUGACAUGAAGGCUGCCAACAUUGACAUGAAGGCUGCCAACAUUGACAUGAAGGCUGCCAACAUUGACAUGAAGGCUGCCAACAUUGACAUGAAGGCUGCCAACAUUGACAUGAAGGCUGCCAACAUUGACAUGAAGGCUGCCAACAUUGACAUGGAGGAUGAUGAGAGGAUUGCUGAUGACCGCUUCGGCUGACGAACUUCUGUAAAUUAAAAAAAUGGGGGGGGGGGGGAGUCAAUGUAGAACAUUGUGGUAGUAAAUUGUUGAAACAUAAUAUGUGAUUGGAGCAAACGAAAUAUGUGGUUGGACCAAAGGAAAUAUGUGGUUGGACCAAACGAAAUAUGUGGUUGGACCAAAGGAAAUAUGUGGUUGGACCAAACGAAAUAUGUGGUUGGACCAAAGGAAAUAUGUGGUUGGACCAAACGAAAUAUGUGGUUGGACCAAACGAAAUAUGUGGUUGGACCAAACGAAAUAUGUGGUUGGACCAAACGAAAUAUGUGGUUGGAGCAAAUAAAAUAUGUGGUUGGACCAAACGAAAUAUGUGGUUGGACCAAACGAAAUAUGUGGUUGGACCAAACGAAAUAUGUGAUUGGACAAAACAAAAUAUGUGAUUGGACCAAUUAUAUAAAAGAAAGUCAUACAAUCUCUUACAUAAAAUUUGCGUUUGUUGUGUCCUGCUUCCUUAUCACAACCUCCCCUUCUUCCUACUCAACAUUUGUUUAUAUUAAUAGUUGUGAGUGAAAAAAGCUGUCACGCAGCAAGCGUCAUGUUAGACGGUUGAACUCUAGUAAAAAGAUUGAAUUUUUCUUUAGGUGGAGGCGACUACUAUGUGAAUCAAAUAAAGAGCCACAUGUGUAGUGUAGGACUGUGUGUAGUGCUAUCUCCAGGACUGUCUUUAGGACAAAACGGAAGCACUCCUCAUCCACAAUCACACAUCAUCCUCUACCUCAACUCUUCCUACCUCAUUUCAUGUAGGUAACUCUGACGUACGGUUUACACCCUCUGUUAGGAAUCUUGGUUAUAUUCUUUCUAACAACAUGUCUCUCGAAAAACAUAUGUCUCACAGUUGUCGUUCAGCGUACACCACUAUCCGUCAGAUCAACUCACAGAUCACAGUUAGCGCUACAAAAACUCUAGUCUGUGCUCUUGUUCUCUCUCAUCUUGACUAUUGCAACUAUCUUCUGUCAGGUUCACCAAAACACUGCAUAGAAAAUCUGCAGAAAGUUCAAAACUCAGCUGCCAGGCUAGUUUUAAAGGCAAAAAAAAGUGAUCACGUCACUCCACUACUCCAUUCCCUUCAUUGGCUACCUAUACAGGCACGCAUCGACUACAAGUUGUCUGUUCUCUGUCACAACUUUUUCUUGGAUUUCUGCCCUUCCUAUCUAACCGAACUUCUUUCUGUCUAUUCACCCCUUCGACAGCUUCGCUCCUCUGCAGACAGGCGUAUUCUGUCCGUUCCCAAGAUACACACUAAAACAUAUGGUGAACGAUCUUUCUCUUUCUGCACCCCCAAACAAUGGAAUUCUUUGCCACUACACAUACGCAAUAUAUCAACCACACAGGCCUUCAAAACUGCACUCAAAACAUAUCUUUUUAAAUUAUACUACCCUGACUGAUUCCUCUCCUCUGACCGAUAAAUGAUCUUGCUGGCUCCCGUCCAUGGUUUGCCUUGUAAAAUCUUUGUGGUGGGGUGGGUUGCUGUUCUUUAUUUCAUAAAUGUAUUUUAUUUUAAUGUCAUGAUUAUGUUUCUUUUGAUAAAAAAUUUUAUGUACAGCGUGGUGAGCCCAGCCCUAGGCUGGGGUACCACGCUAUAUAAGACCUCUUAUUAUUAUUAUUGGUGAAAGGCCAACAGGUAGGGCGGAGGACUGCCUAUUGUUAAUAGCAGCAUAUCCUGUCUGAAAGGUACAUCCAAACCUUGCCAUAUUUACAAUGAAUUCACUGAAUAUUUCAUGUGGUUUGAUUUUUCGGCUUAAGCUAACGAGAAACUCUGAGACGCUUCAAGCCGCGAAAAGCAGAGACUUCUUGUAAAUUGCUAGGCUAUCGGUCUUUGGUUACCGAUGACAGUUCCUGAACUUUAUGAAAUGUGGGGUUCAAAUAAUUAUUCUAAUGCCCAUAAUUAAUUUCAGUUUAAUUAACAUACUGUAGAUCAGGCCUGCACAACUCAGAAUGUCAGGCGGGCCGUGAUACCUUUAGCAAAACUUGUGCGGGCCGAAAGAUAAAUGGACAGGGUUGGGGGGGGGGUAGCUUUUAAGAAAAUAAUAAUAAUAAAGAAUAUUUCGUUACCUCGCGGACCGCAAAGUGCGUGCUGGCGGGCCGUAUGUUGUGCAGGCCAGUUGCUGGUCCAACAGUUUGGAACGCCCUUCCUGUCGAUCUCAGAAACAACCAGACACUGGAAUCCUUUAAAACCGAUCUAAAGACACAUCUAUUUCGCAAAUAUCUACUGGGAUGAUGGUCUACCUUAUUUUCCAGUUAAUGCAUAAUGGCUGUGUUGCUCCGGGUUGAAAUGGCUAGAAAGACUUUGCAAUUGUAUGCUUGUAAUUAGUUUUUGUAGUGUUGCGUUUGUUUUAAAUGUGGUUAAUUAUAGAUAUGUUUUUUGUUGACUUUGUACCGCGCUUCGAGCCUUUGGGGAUGAAGCGUGUUUUUGAAAUGAACUUUAUUAUUAUUAUUAUUAGAUAACGGUAUUGUUUUUAUCAUGUAAUUUAUUGCUUUUUAAGAUCAACUGCCAAUCAUAACGUGUAAACGGAAACAUGGCGGGGAAAAGAAGAGACGUGCGAGAGAAUGUGACGAAUGACUGCACUGCGACACAUGGUCAGCAGAGGAGUAGGGGAGAUUGAAGGGUGUUGCCCGCGGCUCCCCGAUUGUAGAUGCUUGAUUUGGUUUUUGAUUUUAUUUAUUUCGCAUCUUUCUCGCUCUGACCAGUUAGACCAAGACCAGUCAGACGUGUUUCGUGUGAUGGCCAUGUUUGAGCCUGGGGACGAGUUCCUAGAAUUAGCC